GGGGGCGGCCGGACCCCACGCGGUUCCCUCCAGCCCCACACACCCAACCCACACGCUCGCUCGCUCGCACGCGCUGCCGGCGCGGCUCCGGGCACGGUUGGCAGAGCUCGGCCGAGGGAGGCAGGGAGGCAGGCAGCCACGCCGGGUCACCUUCCCGGCGGCUGGUGGCGAGAAAGGCGAACUCGCCGCCCGACUCCCCCGCCCCCUUCCCCCCUCGCCCCGUACGCGAUCCGUCCCUUUGGGGUGAGCGGGUGCCCCGGCCCGGCGCGGGCAUGAGCUGCGGUGCGGGGAGCGUCGUCCUCCCUGCCGGGGAGCCGCAGCGAGACCCCGCCGCCCCGCUGGAGCUGCCGGCCGGAGCCGGGGAGGCAAGCGGGGACGGCGCAGAGGAAGCAGAGAGCAGCAGCUCCGGCGAGGGCCGGAGGGGCGACUCGGAGAGCGGCCGCGCCGAGGCGGGGGCCGCCGGCGGCGGCGACAAACCCGAGACCCACUCGGUGUGCAGCAGCGAGAGCGGCAGCGGCAGCCACCCCGGCGGGGCCGGCCCCAUUUGCAAGAUCUGCUUCCAGGGCCCCGAGCAGGGUGAAUUGUUAAAUCCUUGCCGCUGUGAUGGGUCAGUACGAUACACGCAUCAGCUUUGCCUGUUAAAGUGGAUAAGUGAAAGAGGGUCAUGGACCUGUGAACUCUGCUGUUACAGAUACCAUGUUAUAGCAAUUAAAAUGAAGAAGCCUUGCCAGUGGCAAAGCAUUACUAUAACACUGGUUGAGAAAGUGCAGAUGGUUGCUGUAAUCCUAGGAUCUCUGUUCUUAGUAGCAAGUGUGACUUGGCUUCUAUGGUCAGCCUUCAGCCCUUAUGCAGUAUGGCAAAGGAAGGACAUCCUUUUUCAAAUCUGCUAUGGAAUGUAUGGUUUUAUGGAUCUAGUAUGCAUAGGACUGAUAGUACAUGAAGGUGCAUCUGUUUAUCGAGUGUUUAAGCGCUGGAGGGCUGUGAAUCUACACUGGGAUGUGUUAAAUUAUGAUAAAGCCACAGACAUAGAAGAGAGCAAUCGAGGAGAACCCUCAGGAGGAAGGACAUUGUGGUUACCACUGACUGCAUUUAGAAACAGAAGUUUAGUUCAUCCAACACAGUUAACCUCACCAAGAUUUCAGUGUGGCUAUGUAUUAUUUCAUCUGUUCAACCGCAUGAGACCUCAGGAAGAUUCAUCAGAAGAUAAUGGCUCUGGGGAAGUAGUGAUGAGAGUGACCUCAGUGUAGAGAUUAUGCUCACUGCGCUACACAGAUAAAGAUAAUGUGCCCUGGUGUUACAGGGCUUUGGAAUGUAGUUAUAUUGAAUGGUGAAACCAUAACACUUGAAAAAAUAUAUACACAUUUUUUUAAAGUUUAAUCCUUUUUAUAUGAUCAGCUAAAACACAAAUACAUUUUUCUGGGAAAAAAAAAAAGUCUCUCGCUUUUUAUAUAGUCUGGUUUAUUAGAUAUUUGUCAAUUUAUACCUGAGGUGUAUACAGUAUAGUUUAACUCUUAGAUCUUUGAAUGAUGAGGAAAAUUAUUUUUAAGUAAAAAAUAAGUGUAUUUUCUUAAACUCUGGCUUUAAUCCACAACUGUUAUUUUUCCCACUUUCAUGAAGAUUAAACUGAAAAUCCUUCUUCCAAAAGGAAAAGCAUGUUGACAUAAGUCAAAUAUUCUUCUUUUCUGUCUUUAUUUUCCUGUUUGGAGCUCAGUUCAGAUGUAUGAAAGUAAGUAAAAGAUAUAUUGCCCCUUCCCCUUAGGCAGAAGUCCAAUAGGUGUUCUAUAGAACAUAAGAGAAGACGCUAACUCUUCUUUUAGGUCUCCCACAUGGAUGUGCAAGAUGUCAGAUACAAGCAUGACACAGGCAGGGGAAGAGUCUUGCAAUUUCUCUUGAGUCUGUAAGAUCUGCAGAGUGCUAGUACCAUACCUAUGCACAGAAAUGGCAUUACAUUCCAAGUAGUGGUGAUAAAUUUAGCAGCCUGUGAAUUUCUGGUACUGUUCUAACUAUAGGACAUUGA